AGCCUUAAUCAUCAGCAGAGUAAGUGUGAGAGCUGGAAAAUGACAGGAAAAUACGUGAAGGAUGGCUCUCCAACAGCAGAGAGGGAUCCAAACAGCCUCGGAUGGGCUUCGGGGUCCCCACCCGAGCAGCGGUGUCCCCUGCAUCACAUCCGGCCAGCUGUGUGCGCCCAGCACAGCCCCACCGUGGCUGAGGGAGAGCACCAUUGCCACCGCAGCCCCAGCGUCUCCAUCGUCAUCAUAGCUCCAGAAUCUCCAACACAGCCCCAGCGUCUCCAUCGUCAUCGCAGCCCCAGCGUCUCCAUCGCCACCGCAGCCCCAGCGUCUCUAUCGCUGCCCCAGCAUCUCCAUCGCCACCACAGCCCCAACAUCUCCAUCACCACCACAGCCACAGCAUCUCCAUCGCAACCGCAGCGUCUCCGUCGCCACCACAGCCCCAACAUCUCCAUCACCACCACAGCCCCAGCGUCUCCGUCGCAGCCCCAGCGUCUCCAUCACAGCCCGUUUCCCACCACACCGACGGCCGGGGGCUUUGCUGCUGGCAGCCUUGGGAGCCUCGGUGGUGCCCGUCCGCACCGUGUGCCUGCAGAGUGGGAGGGAGAAGGAAAAUGAAUCCCUUUCGAUCAGAGCUGGAAUGAUCCUGAUGGGGGGGAAUCCACCAAACCUGAGUAAUGUUUGCUGCCGCGGGAGGCUGCGCAGCGUACGUAUGUUUUAUUCUGCUGGGGCCUGGGUAUAAUUGAAUUGGAGUUUGUUGGAAACUGAGCCCAGACUCGCUGAAAGCCUCACACAACUCCAAACCAGGCGGUUUUGCUUGGUUCAGGUUUAAUUAUGAAUGGUUCACUCAGCCUCAGUAAUGACUCAUAUUCACUAACUCUCCUAUAGAUGAGAUGUGACAAAAGUGUAGUUCAGAUACACAAAGCAUAAUUAUUUAAUGAUGAAGUAAAGUUGAUUAGGAAGCCUUUAAGCUGUUACACUCUUAGUAGGGUAUUUUGCAGUCACUGAAUAAAUGAACAUAAUUUAAUUCGUAAAAGCUAUAUAGCUCCUGCUGCGUUUGAAAAUGAUACGUAGCUAGAAGUUAGGUUUUUCCCAUUAUAGAAUUCUAUAUACUACAACAAAGAGCAUAGAGCAUUGCCACUAUGAACAGAGAAAACUAUUCUUAGUGACUAUCCAGGCUAAAAAUGAUAGAACUCACAUAUCCAGUAACAAUCAUGAACCUGACAAAUCAAGCUUGUAAGCCUGUGGUGUGAUCUGAAAACCUAACAAGCUUCCAAGAAGGAUCUCUGCUUUAAAAAUACAUUCUUUCUUUCUAGAUUCUUUUUUUUUUUUUUUCCAUGAGAUGUGCAAGACUGAACAGCAUGAGAGCAGCAUGAGACCGGCUGUGCCAUUGAAGGGAUAUAUUUAUAUAUUAUGUAGCUGUGCUCCAAUUAUGAAAUUGAUCCAUGGAUAAAAAUCCCCUAAGGGUGGCUAUUAAUGAGAUUGCCUGCUCUGAGUGCAUCCAGUAAUAAGAUUAGGUAUGCAUUUAUCCUGAGCAGAGAUAAACCAAUGACAAGUUCGUGCCAAGAUAAGACACUUUUGAAAGGCAAUUAAACAUGGGACAUAAUGUGCGUGCAUAUGUCUGUGGGAGGUUGCAGGAUGGAAAGCUGCUUUUCAUCUGCAGAAGUGCUUCUGAGUGUAACAGGUAGGGAGGAACAGACUUUUCACAGUGGUGAGAUCAAAUUUGAGCUUAAAAAUCAAAAUAUUUGAAUUCAGAAUUUACAAAUCAGUUUUACAAAGCGUGCGGCCUGGCCUCUUUGGCUUUUCCUCCACUCAUGGAAGGCUCGAAAAUACCCUUGACAAUUACCAGCUGCCCGGUGAGACACGGCUCGCUCACCACGCUUGGACUUAUGUUGGACUUCAGUGAAUAUGGCACCUCACCGGCAUCCAGGCUCCGACGCAGCCUCCCGCGCUGCCUAACGAGGCCAACCAGGCAGCGAUGCUCUGAGAGAAAAGUCCUCAAGUGUUUCCUGCAAGAUUUUCUGUGGCAAUACCUGCGCCGUACUGGUGGCAUGGUGUGUGGGUCGUGAAAGCUCCCAGCCGGGGCUGACCGCAGCGGGCAGUGCGGGGGAGCUCAGCGCACAGCGACGGCAGAAAGCCCAUGGCUCUCCCCACAGGGCAGUAACAGCGAUUCUGUCCCCAUCUUACGGCAAUUGUGACUGCUCGGUUACUCACCGCUCACCUGCAAGAGAGCUGAAAUGUCUCCUGAAGUCUUCUCUUAAUUUUCCAGCAUUAGGGAAAGCUUAUCCUCCUUACGCUGCUAUUGCAGCUCUUGCUCCGCACGUUGUUUUGCGGCGUCUCCAAUAACUGGAGCAGAGAGGCCAGACUCCCUCCGGAAGCAGCAUCCUCUCUUAUACAUAAACAACUCAAGCUCAAAUCAAAAUUUGAAUUACCAGGCUGAUUAAAUAGACCUUAAAAUCCUGCCUCUGCUUGCCACACUUCAUACAUCCGAGCCAGAGCCAGGAGGGCAGCGCCUGCCCCGUGGAAACCCCGGGGCAUUGCCAGGCAUCGGGGAAAAAUGCGAAGCGGGAGGACAAUUACAACCCAAUUUCUGGAGCGCUCGCUGAGGAGAUAACGGACAAUGACUGGAGUACAAAGGGUGGGACUGAAGGUGAAUGCUGGCACGAUUUGUUCUCCCUUCGCUUUUGCCCCAUCAGCACAAACGAGAGCAGCCGCAGGCUCCCAUAAACCCCACCAGCUGGGAGAGCCUUUAAACAGAAAGGUGUGGGGAGAGGGGAGCACUUCCAGCAAUGAGCAUGAGCGUCCAUCUCAGGACAUUUGGAAGACUUCUUACAAGCAGAAUUAACAAUAAUUUGUAAUCAGAGAGUACCUUUAUAAACCCUAUACCCCAGAAAUAGCGUCAUUUCAAUGGUGUGUGAAAGUAAAGGAACUUGAGUUGCACAGGAAACUCCCUUCCUCGUUUUUUUUAAAUGCGAAAACCUCCUGUUCGACUGCCAAAUGCCCAAAUUUCUUAAGUUAAAUCACUUAAGAAAUUGGGAUAUUGGACAUUUCAUCUAGGUGUGAUUGAAAGGAAUAAACAGGCUUUCACUCUAUAGUCACAGACCUUGAAGAGAUGGUUGUAAGUUUUUAAAAUAUGCACUAAAUGAGUAUUCUGGCUACGAAGUGUAUAAAGUAUAUGCAGAAAAUGUGUGUGACUGGGGUCUCUUGAAUGUAGCCGUGUGCUUUUACAAGCCUUCUGUUAAGGAGCUGCAAAAACCAUAUGGUAUCCAUUAAUAAAUAUAUUUAGCAUUUUUCUUCCUGAGCAAUUUCUUCGCAGGUAAUUAUUUGCUUAACUUAUUCAAAGUGGCCCAAAAUCCAGUUCUUAUCGGCUGCAGGUUGUAUUUGCACCCCUCCAGCAGAACACCGGGAUCCUUUCUCCAGCCCAGCUCACUGGAGAGAAGCUGUGCAUGUGGCCAAGCAAAGGCGCCCCACUCCUCCUCGCUCAAAAAUGACUCUUAGGCCUGCCUUUCUCUUAAAAACCUUAUUACAAAGUACUAAGAAAUUCAGUAAUUCAGUAAGAAAUAUUGGAUUUAGCUGCCCCUCCCUCUUCCCUGCCAGGGCGGCCGGGUCUUCCAAGGCCUUUGUGCCCCACACGGACACGCAGGGCUGAGCAGGGACGGAAGUUCUCCUCACAGAUAGUUUGACUCAUCAACCUUGCUUUGCUUCUUGGGGCCCCUCCUUCAGAAUUUUAAAAUAUCAGCCCUCUUCUAAAUUAGCAUCAGAGAUUCACUGGUUGGGUGCAAGGUCUCUGGUCUCUUUUUGAAAACUCUUGAUACUUUUCCUUCUCUUUCUGGGUCCCUCCUUCUCUGCCCCCUCCUGUAAUCAGGAUCCCAAAGUCUGCGCUUUCUGAUGAGGAUUAAGCCAUGACCCGUGCAUGAUUGCAGGAAAUAAGCCUUUAAAAUGUGCCUAAGUGCUCUGCUUGUUUGAAGUUACUGAUCCUUAAAAUAGAUGUCUAAAAAAAAAUGUGUAAUUUCAAAUGUUUCUGCAGAUAUUGUUGCAGCGUAUGUAACAAGGAGACACAUCAAGCCAAGUUACAUCAGUUAUGCUCCAUUAUAUCAUGAACUGAGCCAAAUGAAUCAAAACAUGCAGGAAUACUUCAAGUGACAACGCAAGCCUUGUAUAGUUUCUUUCCCUAGUUACCACUUCCAAAGCAUUAGACUAUUCAGCUUGAUUU